AUGCAAUUUACAGUAAAACAUCUAUCAUUGGACAAACAGAGAGAAGAAAUUGAAUUGAAGAAAAAGUUACCCGAGUAUUUAGAAAGGAAUUAUAAAUGUCAGGACUGUGGUUUAGGAUUUAUUAGUGAAGAUGUCUUUGAAGAGCAUAUGAUGAAGCAUUCAGAGUCAAACGGCGCGAAUAUUUGCGAUGUAUGCAAAUUAAGAUUCAAAACGAAGACUGUAUUAACGCAACACAUACUACUACACUCCCGCGUGUUCCUCUGUAAUAAAUGCGGUGUUCAUAUUAAGAAAUGGUCUCACGCACACACACAUAGAUACAAGUGCUGGGAAGUUUGUGUGUCUGUGUGUGUGUAUUGUAGGAAAGUGUUCGACAAUAAACACUCCUUGGAUGUACAUAUAAGAGGUGUACAUAAGAAUAUUAAGAAAUACGUUUGUGAUGAAUGCAAACGACUUUUUGGUACAAAACAACGUUUGCGGGUGCAUAUGAGAUCUCACACCGGCUCGAAACCGUUCCUAUGUGAGUGUGGUCGUAAAUUCACGACUAAAUCGAAUCUAAAGUCUCAUCAGAACGUGCACAGCAGUUCAAGAGAACAUUACUGCGUUGAAUGUAACAAAUAUUAUAAGAGUGAGAGGGGCUUGAAGAAACAUUACAGAGAGACGGUGAAACACGGGGCGUGUGGCGAGAUCCCCUGUUCCCAGUGUAAUGAUUCAUUUCAUUCGGUCACCGCCCUCGCCUCUCAUGUACGAGUCAAACACUCCACAGAGUACACGUGCGGUGAAUGUAAUAAGAACAUGAAUUCUCGUUUAAUAUUCGCCAUUAUUUCGUCAGCGUGUUGGUCAGCCUUCCAACACGGCUACAACACAGGAGUCUUAAACACGCCGCAAUAUGUAAUGACGAAAUGGUUGAGCGAGGAUGUCCUAUCUACGUCAAACUCAACUUUGGGGGUCAAUGACCCCAGGGUGAGCACGGUGUGGUCGAUUGUGGUGUCAAUAUACUGUGUGGGUGGUAUGAUAGGUGGCACCAUCACUGGCUUCGUGGCUGACAGAUUUGGUAGAAAAGGUGGUCUAUUAUUAAAUAAUGUCCUGGUUUUCAUCGCUGUUGCUCUUGAAGCGUUUGCCAAGAUGGCAUCCUCAGUGGAGAUGCUGAUAUUGGGACGUCUUAUAAUAGGUGUUAACAACGGUCUGAACGCUGGCCUAGCUCCGAUGUAUUUGUCAGAAAUAUCACCGGUCUCUCUGAGAGGAUCCAUUGGUACAGUCUAUCAGCUGGUCAUCACUAUAUCGAUCCUGUUGUCUCAAGUGUUGGGUCUCAACUCGGUCCUAGGCACCGAGCAGUGGCCCUGGCUCCUGGCAAUACCUGUCAUACCCGCUGUACUACAAUGUUGUAUGUUGAGGAUGUGUCCGGAGUCACCUAAAUAUCUCCUGCUUAACAAAGGAGCGGAAUUACGGGCUCAAAGAGCUCUUAAUUACUUGAGAGGAGAUGUGGCUGUUCACGGUGAGAUGGAAGAAAUGCGUCAAGAGGCGGAGAAGAAUAAAGUGAGUAAGAAAGUGACUCUACAUGAGUUAUUCCGUGCUCGUGAGCUCCGACAGCCGCUAAUAGUAGCAGUGGUUGCUAUGAUUGCUCAGCAGUUCUCCGGAAUCAACGUCGUCAUAUUCUUCUCCACGGAAAUAUUCACCGCGGCUAACUUAAGCCCUACGCAGAGCCAGUACGCUACUCUGGGUAUGGGUGCCAUGAACGUGUUGAUGACGCUGGUUUCUCUCCUCCUUGUGGAAGUCGCUGGCAGAAAGACCUUACUCCUUGCAGGAUUUGGGGGCAUGUUCAUGUGUACUGUGGGACUCUGCGUCGCCAGCUUAUAUACGAGCCACACGUGGGUGUCGUACCUGUGCAUCGUGCUGGUCAUCUUGUUCGUGGUCACUUUCGCGGCGGGCCCCGGCUCCAUACCCUGGUUCCUCGUUACUGAGUUAUUCAACCAGUCUUCCCGCCCGGCCGCCUCCUCCGUGGCUGUCACUGUAAACUGGACAGCCAACUUCAUCGUCGGACUAAGUUAUUUACCGCUCGCAUCGGUCCUACAGUCCAACACAUUCAUCAUCUUCGCGGUGCUUCAGUUCAUCUUCAUCAUCUUCAUCGCGGCCAAGGUCCCGGAGACCAAGAACAAGACCACCGAAGAAAUAACGGCCAUGUUCAGGCAGCAGAUGUAG